GGGAACUGAAUUACAUGUGGAGGAACUAAGAAAGAAAGAAAAGGGGACGUCUAAACUUAGCUUUCACUCAUAACUGUAAACCACUGGAAGUAUAAGAUUGCCAAGAUGGAUCCAGUAAACUCUAGCACAACUAAUGGAAACGAGACGAUCUUGAGCAACACCAGUGGAGCGGUCACUGGCACGUUGAUCCUUGGCCUCGUGUUCCUCCUCGGCGUCCCCGGGAACGUCUUCAUCAUCUGGAGCAUCUUGGCCCGAGCGCGGCGUCGCUCCAUCACCAUCCUUCUGAUCCUGAACCUCGCCUUCGCCGAUGGCUUCGUCAUGUUGCUGACGCCUUUCUUCAUGGUUUAUUUGUUUCAGCGCAGUUGGAUCUUCGGCUUAUUGCUGUGCAAAGUCCUGUUUUACCUCUGCUGUGCCAAUAUGUACGCUUCCAUAUUUCUGAUCAUGCUGAUGAGUCUCCACAGGCUGGUGGCAAUAGUGUGGCCGAAGAGUGUUGGUGUGCUGACGGACCGCAGGAUGCUCACGCAGCUGCUGGCAGGACUCUGGGUGCUCGCUUUGGGACUCUCUGUGCCCGUUUUGGUUUUCAGGAACAUCCAAGAGGUCAACAAAGAGUCUCAGAGUCUUGUGUGUGACUGCUUUCAUCCACAACCACGAUAUGAGGUGAUGCAGUAUGGUAUGGAAACAUUACUGGGCUUCUUGUUGCCAUACGGCGUGAUCAUAGGCAGUUACGUGUGCAUCCUGCGCAGAAUACGCAAGACGCGCUUUCGCAGACGCAUCCGUAGCGAGAAACUGAUCCUGGUGAUCAUCAUCUCCUUCGGACUCUUCUGGCUGCCGUACCACAUCAUUAACAUGGUGCAGGUGGCUGCUGCUUUAUAUCCAGAAGAUUCUCCCACAAAAAAAAACCUAAAACACAUCAGGGCGACGAUGCGAGCACUCACCUCUACCGUGGCCUUCGUCAGCAGCUGCAUAAACCCCGUCCUCUACACCUUCGCUGGGAAGUCGUUCAUCCGGCGGGAGGGCCUGGCCUUCAUGGCGCGGCUGUUCGAUGGAACGGCGCUGGAAACGACGCGGAGGACCCGGCGCAGCAACCAGAACAGCCGCGAUCGAGAGAAAGACACUGAUGAAGGAGAAAGUCUCAAAGACAAAGACUCGGAUUCCACCACCACCCCCACUAAUGCAAACUCGGUUAAUAAAAUUGUGCCACAGAAAAAUGGUAAGUGAGCAUCUGGCUGCGGCGUGUUAAGGGGAACUCAAUCUACAGUGAGAGCGUUGAGCUGUGCGUUGUUCCAGUGUUGCACGGUGGGUAAAUCAGGACAGCUUGUGCUUUUCUAACAGAGGGAGGUCAAUCCAAGCUUAUAUCAUGAAAUACAAACUGUACCAAUUGUGUACCCAAAAACAAAAGAGAACUAAAGACUCAGUGUCAAACCAUCACCCGACCGAGAACUGAGACGGCCACACAAGUUUUGCACAUUGACUAAUGGGCUAAACAAGGAACAGGAUCUAACUUUUAAAACAUGACAAAGAAAGCCAACAAAUCCGACCUGGGAUACUUCAUGUGUUUUUCCAGUAGAGGGCACCACACAACUGAGAGACAGCUGAACCACUCAGAUCAUGCCAGAGUAAGACCACCUGCAUGGAGGGGUCCAACGAUUCAAGACUGAGAGGGUAAACGUUGGGUUGACACUGAAAUCAAGAGAGAACCUAGUAUCCAAGUCCUGUUUUCUUUUCAAAUUAAUUUCAAUGACUUUUCCUUGACAUUUCCAGCAGUGCAUGGUCAACUUUUAAGGAUUUUGUUAC